CAUGCAUUCGGAAGUUGCCCUUUCCGCUUGAACAAAACAGGUGCUUCAAGAUUAUAUGGAAACAAAACUUUCUUUUCAACUGGGAACAACGCUGAGCUUGCUUGCACCCGGAGUCAAUACUCAACUUUUAAAGGAUGUCGAACACUUCACAGAAACACAGAGACUUCGUAGCUGAGCCUAUGGGUGAUAAACCCGUUACCGCUCUGUCGGGGAUUGGCGAGGUUUUGGGGAAGAAGCUCGAGGAGGAGGGAUUUGAUAAAGCGUACACUGUCCUGGGCCAGUUCCUCUUGCUGAGGAAGGAUGUUGAAAUGUUCAGCGAGUGGCUGAAAGAUACAAGUGGGGCAAACUCAAAGCAAGCUGCCUCAUGCUCCCAGUGUCUAAAAGAAUGGUGUGAUGCCUUUCUGUGA